AUGGAGGUCGGGGCUAGUGUUGGUGCUGCUGAUGACGAUGAUGGAGACAAGCAUGUUGGUUGGCAGCCUGACAAGCAGCAGACCAGGUCCGUAGGAGCGAAGCUGAAGCGCGACCUCUUCAAGAGCAACGACGACGACUUUCGAGCCGACAGAAGCAGGUCGACGAUCAGCUGUCAAGAAGGUGACUGGGCCCUGCUCUCAGCCAACAACUUGUCGAGGUGCGAGACCAUCUUCAGCAUGACGGCAGUCUUGACUCCUCCCCCUCCCCAGUCUCCUCUCUACCCCCCUGGAGCUGCUCCAGCAGGUGAAGUUGCAGUCAAACCAGCGCUAGUGCCGGGCAAGGAGAACAAGAAGGUGUGGGAACCGUUUGGAGCGCAGAGGGUUCUCACCGCCAUGCAGCCGAUCCUACCUCCAGGAUGGGCCCAACACGUCACCAAGACUCCUCGCAAGAGAUCCUAUUACUCCCGCCCUGAUGGAGGCGUGCAGUGGCAGCCUCCUCCUGCUGCUCCUGCUACUCCUGCCGCUGCUCCUGCCGCUGCUCCUGCCGCUGCUCCUGAAUCUCAGCGCGCGAGGGCCAAGGAGAAGGUCAGGGGAGUCACCCAGGAGACUGAGGGGCCACUAAAGGUGGAGGCCCCGACGGUCCCAGUGAGGGGAAAGGGAGGGGAGGAUGCGAUGCCUCCGAACUUGUUGGAGAGGCUGCGAGGAGCAGAUCGAGCUCGAGCAUGUGCUCUCUUCGAAGGGUUGUGCGCCUCGGGAGCUGUGAACGAGAAGCAUAUCGACGUGAUGAUUUCGAGCGCUUCCAGCAUAGCAGAGAUUGAUCGCGUGCUUGCCCGCGUGAAGCCCUCAGUCUCCAAGUCCUUCUUCUCCUCCCUCGUCGCUCGGAUCUCCGAGAAGCUCACGCUCAACGAGCUCGCCGAUGACGCUUCGCUCGUCCGGCAGUCUCGAGGACUGGAGCAGCAGCCGCCUGUGGUCCGUUCAGUUGAGGAGAGGACGAAGGAUGGUGAACUGCGAGGUUUGGGUGGAAGGCAUGCGAGCACAGCAGAUGGGCUGGAGGAGGAGAAGAAGGAGAGAGCAAAGGGAGCGACAGCAGUCGUUCUGUGUGAAGAUGUGAUAGAGAUACAAGAGUUGGAACGGAUCCGCGACCUCAAGACGAGGCUUGGCAUCACCAGGGACAUGAUCGAUCGAUGCGAGCAGGAGGGGAAAGUUCCUCCCGUCUCAGCCGUCAAAGCUCUCCUCCUCCUCCACUCUCAGUUGGAUCACAUAGAGGAGGCUCAGAGCUGCCUGAAGCAGAUCCGGACCUUGUCCCCUCGCGACAGCCUCGACCCCUCUCUCUACAGCUCCAUGCUCCUCGCCUGUGCGCGCCUCCGAGACAUUCGCCUUGCUGAAAGUCUGUUUGCUGAAGCACAGGAGAGAAACCUCGUGGACAAAGACAUCAGAAACGCCAUGCUGUGCGUGUUCAGCAUGACGGGGAUUCCCUCGAGGGUGAAGGAGGAGCUCGAUCGCUCGUAUGAAGCUCAAGAGCUCGUCACUCCUUUCAUGCUGGAGUGUCUCGUGGAAGCGUAUCGCUGGUCCUCGCUCUUUUGGAGGAGCGCCAAGGACAGGAAAGGCAGGCACUACUACUACCACAUGCUCACCCGGGAGGUCCUGUGGGAGCUCAAGGAGGAAGUCCUCUAUGACCAGAUGCCGGGGAGGGUCCUGUCCUUCCUCGAAGCAAACUUCCGGGAGAGCUUCGAGCAGCGCGACAGACAAAGUCUCCAGCACUUCACCAAGAGCUACAACUCCUACAUCUACCUCUCAGCACAGCGAGGCAGGGUCAAGGAUGCCAUCCAGACUUUUGUCCGCAUGCAGCAGCUAGCAGUCCCGCUGGAUGUGACGUCGCUCGAUGCCUUGGUGCGAGCCAUGUCAGUUGCGAUCCAGAGGAGCGACGGAGGAGGGUUGAGCUUCGAGCGAGUUGAUCAAGCGCUGAGGCUGAUGGACGCGGAGAAGGCGAUUCCUUCACCACAGAAGGAGAUGGAAAUUCCGCUAGAAGGAUGGCUGAAUGUGCUAGAGGCUCUCAUCUCCUCCGACUGCGACGAGGAAGCUCUGAGUCUCUUCAACCGCAUGCGAGGUUCGGCAGAGAGCAUGCGCAGUAACGGCAAGCUCCUCCACGUGCAGACAGCGAGCGGUACCCGAACGCGGAUCCCUCCUGCCGACUUGACAUGUUACAAUGCGGUGAUACGGGGGUUUGCUCGGAGAGGAGACCUUGAAGCCGCCCAUCGCAUCUUCUCUCUCAUUACAAGUGACGGGCUGGCACCCGAUGACGACUCUUUCUGCUUUCUUGAGCUCUGUCAGCGCUGA